CAAUAUAUUACAGACCCAAGAUCAGUGAGAAGCAAGAAACUCCUCCGUCUGUUGUUAGAUCAGAAAGAAAGAAAGAAAAUCAUGGGUUUCGAAAAGGAGGAGCUUGAUUUGGUGUUGGUCCCUGCUGGGUUGCUGUUCAUGUUUACUUACCACCUCUUCUUUCUUUUCAGAUACCUUCAUAGGCCUCACACCACAUUCAUGGGCUAUGAGAACAAUGACAAGAGAGCUUGGGUCAAAAGUAUUAUGGAGAACAAGGAAAAGAGUGUCAGCGCGGCUCUGACUGUGACCAGCUCCAACACAACUGCAGCGACUUACUUGGCAACAAUCUCUCUGACUCUUUGCUCUCUCAUUGGAGCUUGGAUUGCAAACUCUUCCAACAUCUUCAGAAGCGAAAUAAUCUACGGAGACACAAGGGCAUCCACCAUUUCCAUCAAGUACAUGAGCCUCCUGACCUGCUUUCUUCUUGCUUUUUCGUGUUUUAUUCAGGCAGUACGGCACCUUGUCCGUGCAAGCUAUCUGAUAAGCAACCCAAGUAGUGAAGUUCCUGUGAGUAGUGUGGAGUUGGCAGUUAUAAGGGGAGGUGAACUUUGGUCACUCGGGCUUAGAGCCCUGUAUUUUGCUCUUAAUUUGCUGCUGUGGUUUUUUGGUCCAAUACCCAUGUUCGUUUCCUCCAUCAUUAUGGUACUAAUCCUCCAUUACCUCGACUGCAAUACAACUCCAUUGAUUAAGUAUGGAUCUGCAGGGAACUAGAUCGAUGGUCAAAAAGACAGGUCAACGGCAACUCUAAAGGAGCCCCCAGAUCUGAAGCACCAAACCGUGGAAUUUUUUUACAUCAAAA